GGACACCGGAUGCAAUCUGGGGAACCAAGAAGAAACCAGAAAGGAACUCAGCGAGGUAUCCAGCUGCGAAAAAGACAAGUAGCAUGAGUGCUUAAUAAGGACAUCAAUGCUUCGCUGCACAAGAAUGUCCAGUCAUCUGGAGUGAGGUGUGGGCAAGCAACAGAGGAGAGCUGUUACUGUGAGGUGAUCCUUCGGGGGAGUUUUUGACUUGAUGUGGCAGGAAAAGAAAAAGGCGUUUUCUCCUUUCACUUAUCCGUUUACAAGGAGUAUUUUAGCCAGCCUCUGAUGUUAUUCAGCGGCGCUAGAACUAUCUGAAGUGCCUCAUCCUAACCACCAAUGAGGGUCUCAAACAUCCAGCUGGAUCCUGCCGUCUUUAUGUCAAAUAAUCCAAGACAAGUCCGCUCACCAGCUAACGGUUUGUCAGCAGGAGCUACAGGCCUGGUGAAAGUACAACUUGUUGGAUGCAAGACAAACUGCUCAGGGAAGAACCAAAAACAGGGAGUGACAGAUUCCUCAGGAAUGAAACCGUUUUACUCAGAGCUUUCCUACAGGGUGUGCAUCCAUCGUGACAUGCCUCUGAGGUCCUGUAGCUCUGCUGUGUUUUUGGACAAGUCACUUUGCAUUUCGUUCACAGAACUUGCAGCAGGAACAAGAGGAGUUCAAGCACCUCUGCACAGGUCUGCCCUGACUUGUCAGCUCGGUGUGCAAUCUCUCUUUGGAUCCACCGUAGAUAAGAAAACAGCCAAAACAAAGGAGGUGUACAGAAGAGGUAACUUCAACAGGUGCAAUGGCCAUGAGCAGAGACUGGAUCACAGGGGGAGCCCUCUAUCAAAGCGCCGUGGAUUCAGGACCAAUCAAAAGGCACCUGCUUGUGGCGCUAACAGUAUAGAUGAUGACUCAGAAAAGCAGAGCCGCAGCACUUCUUUGGGAUUGUCAUUCAGAGAGCCAUCUGCCUCGAACACAAAGACUGCAAAGCAGAAGGGGAAUGCAAAUCAGGCAGCUUACUCUGCUCUGAGCAAUUUCGGGCACAUGCAGCACAAGUUCACUUAUAGCCCAGAUUCAUGGAGCUUGAGCGAACAAGGAGAACAUCAAAAGACAGAUGAAGAACAAGAAGGUGGCAAAUCCACUGAACCUCAGAUAAUUUCCACUCGUCGUCACCACUCACCACUGAAGAAUGAUUCUGUGGGAGACAUUCUUAAAACCCUGAGCCUGAAAGAAGCGUUAGAGCUUUUCAGACCAGACUUCAUCAGCCGAUCUCAGGGUCGGGUCAGGAGGUUAGAGCAGAAGGCCAGGAGAAGAAAAGCUCUGCAGGACUCAAAUUUAGCCUUGGGCCUAACAGAAGAUCAAGGCAAGCAAAAGAGGCACUGCACUACACCCGAUCCACUUAGUGAUAACCUUUUCAAGCUGAGAGAGCGGUCUAUAUCAGACAGAGAGAUGCAGCUCAGGUCCAGACGGAUUUACAACAAGUUGCCGGAGGUGACAAAGAAAAAGGAGGAGGAGAAAAAGAGAGCUAUAUCUCAAACCAACAGGCUGCGAGCAGAGGUCUUCAAAAAGAGAGUUCUGGACCAGAUUCUGCAAAGAUGAACUCAACCGCAUCAGGCGCCACCUUCAUCUAAAAAUACUGACUACAUAUGUAUGCAUUCCAUUCUUGGGUGGUGUCUAUUGAAUAUCCAGUGUUUGUUAGCUCUUGACAUGGUUGCAAACAGUUAAACUCGAUUUUGUUUGCAUUGUUCCCAAAAUCUCUUGUAACUGUUAGAUGGGGACUGGUUAUCCAGGUUUGAAAUUGUUUCAGAUUCAAAACCAUAAAAAUCUUAGGAAGAAGAAUUCAAAUAAGGUGUGCUGUCUAUCUCUAUCACUAAAGUAAAACUGUUAAAACCUGGAGAACACAAAAUACGGGUGGCAUGUCUGGUAAGCAGCCGACUGCAGAUAGUCUGACUGGAUACCAAUUAAAUAGUAAGUUGUUAUACUUAUGGUAUUAGUCAGGUCCAGUAUAGAGCAAAAUGGGAUAAGAAGUGUUUGCUUGAGAACUAUUACUAAAUGAGGCAAGUUGAUUGUACAUUUAUGCAUUAGUCUUUCCAUCAAAAUUUAAAAUCUCUCUAAAUUACAGAUGUAAGAAUCUAUUUAUAUAUUCUUUUAUUUUAGCACAAUUAGGAGCAAUUGUUGCUUUGUUGUUUUGCAUAAAAGCGUUUAGAUCAUGUUAUGCAUUUUAGUGUUGAAUCAUUGCAUUGAUACUGUGAUGUAGUAAAAGUGUUUAUUCAAGGUAAAGUAUAUACAUUUUUCUGGCAUCGUUUUGUGUCAACAAAUUUCACAGAAUGAACUAUUACAUAUAGCCUGUUAGAGGUUUAAAUGAAGCAUAUUAUCUUAACCUUUCAAAUGUGAAUGAUAAACUGCUAGUAAAAUCAUCUACAAAUAGCUUAACCAAUGUUUAAAACUGAGUUCUCAUCAACAUUAUGCUCUUCAUAGUUGUGCAAACGUAAGAAGACACAAUUAAACUACUGCAACUAAAAGUCAGUUUUGUCCUGAGCCACCUGACUGUCAGUGGGACAGCUUUGUCCUUGAAAUGAGGGAGCAAGACCAUGUUUCAUCAUUGGCUUCAUGUCUGUCUCAAGACCUCGGUGAACACCAAUCUGGAACGAUGAAAUUUCAAGCUAAUCGAACUCAUGAGACACACAAGACAUGUGAAGAAAAAGGGCCUAUGUCAGAGAGCUCCAAACCAAAAAUGACUAUGUUAUAGGAGAGGAGGAUACUAAAGUGCACUCUAGGAGUUUGAUUGGCUUAUAGUCUGUAAGAGUGACAGCAUUUUAAAAAGUGCUGACUGGGACCCAGAGAGUUAAAACA